AAACAGAUGAGAAGCAGCACAUAUUAACUAUUCUUAUGUUUCCGCUAUAUUUUUAUGGCAUGGCGAUAAUCGCCAUCCUUUAUAUUCUAUUUGAUUUAAAUUAUUUUUUAAACUGUUUUUUCCUUAUCUAUUGGGGAAGACUAUUUGGUAGAAAGAAGAAGCUAUUGGAUACAGUUACAUUUUACGGAAUUUGUACUACUCAAGAUAUAGACAUAGUUUUUAUACAUAUGAAUAAUGCCAGAUACUUACGUGAGGCGGAUUUUGCGCGUUAUUAUUAUUUUGAUAGAUCUGGACUUUAUGCGACAAUCACUAAAAAAAAUGGCACUAUUAUUCAAACUGCAAGUAUUGUACGAUAUCGUCGAGCAAUUUCUAUUUUUAUGCCGUACAAGAUCAUCACAAAGCUUAUUUAUUGGGAUGAUAGGCACUUUUAUAUGGAGCAACAAUUCAUUGGUCUCAAAAAUAAUUUUAUUUACGCCAUCAUAUUAAAUAGACAAACUAUAAUUGGAUCGGAAACACCAAUAGAAGAUAUAAUUGCCAAUAUUGAACCGAAAACAUGUAAACCGAAGCCCACUAAAGAAUUCGAAUUAUGGAUGGAAACUAUAAAAGAAUCAUCUCAAAAUUUAAGAAAUCAAGGA